GCCGCCACCACUGUUCCAGUUCAAAGUUCAACCAUGACAGUAAAAAUAGACUCGCCUCGCUGUCAGUGAGGCUCGUUGUUAGCGCAUCGUAAAUCGGAGACUGGCGAGGGGGUCGCGGAAAAAAAGCUACUCUGGCCGGGCCACGGAACGAGCUCGCCGGCCACCUCGUACCCGAAAAUGUGCCUCAGCCAAAAGGUUUAGCCGUUAGCCGCCGCUAGCUGUGACACAACCGACUGCGAGCUUUGCUAGACAGAGAACCCGAGGAGGAGGAGGCGGCGGCGGCGGCGGCGGCGGUGGAUGGCAGCGGUGGUGGAAGGGGCGCCUCAUAUAAAAUUACAACCGCUGCUGAACUAAAAGCCCAAAAGACAUUUUUAGCCUGGAAAAGAUAAAAAGCGGGGCCGACAUGUUCGUCCAGGAGGAGAAGAUGUUCGCGGGUAAAAUGUUAAAGAUUCACAUCUGCACCGUGGACGGCGCCGAGUGGCUGGAAGAGAUCCCGGAAGACAGCACGGUGGAGAAACUCAAGGAGAAGUGCUUGAAACAUUGUGUUCACGGAAAUUUGGACGACCCCAAAACACUGACCCACCACAAGCUCAUCCAUGUUGCCACUGAGCGAGUGCUCAGCGACACCAAAACGGUGGCGGAUGAAAGCCUCAAAGACAAAGAUGUUCUACUGCUCAUAAAGAAAAGGCCGCCGCCAACCCUUCCCAAGAUGGCUGAGGUGUGCGCUGAAGAAAAGAAAAAACAGGACAACAAGGCCCCGGACAAGGACGCCAUCUUGAAAGCCACCGCCAGCCUGAGCACUCGCCACUCGGACCGCACCGUCACGCAGCACAAUAUCAGAGACUUUCAGACGGAGCUCCGGAAGAUCUUGGUGUCCCUCAUCGAAGUGGCCCAGAAGCUUCUGGCUUUGAACCCUGAUGCCGUGGAGCUUUUCAAAAAGGCCAACGACAUGUUGGAUGAGGAUGAAGACGAUCGGGUGGACGAUGCGGCCCUCCAGCAACUCACCGAGAUGGGCUUCCCCGAGAGUCGAGCUGUCAAAGCCCUCAGACUCAACCACAUGUCGGUGACGCAGGCCAUGGAAUGGCUGAUCGAGCACGUCGACGACCCCUCCGUGGACACGCCGCUGCCCAGUCAAGACGGCGGCGCCGCCGCCGCCGCCACUUCUUCCGCUGCUGCCGCUACAGCCGGCGUCUCCGCUAACCCAAAUUCCGCCACAGCCGGCCCGUCGGCUGCAGGCUCCUCUCGAACGCCGUCCUGCUCAUCCGCCUUGCGACGCGGCCUGUCCGCCACGGAUGAAAGCAACAGCGGCGGCGGCAGCAGCAGCAAUCGACAAGACGACCUCACGGAGAUAUUCAAGAGGAUUCGCAGGAAAAGGGAAUUCAGGCCCGACUCAAGAGCCGUGUUUGCCCUCAUGGAGAUGGGCUUCGAGGAGAAGCAGGUGAUAGACGCUCUCAAAGUCAAUAACAACCAGCAAGACGCUGCGUGCGAGUGGCUGCUGGGAGAUAAGAAGCCGUCUGCAGAGGACCUUGACAAAGGCAUUGACACAAACAGUCCGCUCUUCCAGGCCAUUUUGGAAAACCCCGUGGUCCAGUUAGGUUUAACCAACCCCAAGACUCUCCUUGCUUUCGAGGACAUGCUGGAGAACCCCCUGAACAGCACCCAAUGGAUGAACGACCCCGAGACGGGCCCCGUCAUGCUCCAGAUAUCUAGAAUCUUCCAGACCCUCAAUCGCACAUAGAGGCGAACCACCCCCCCUGUCCCCUCUUUACACGCGUGAAUGUGGCAGGUGUGUGUGUGUGUGUGUGUGUGCGUGCGUGUGCGUGACGAGUAUUGUUCACGCCAGAGGAAGUUGUACCUACAGUAAAUAUUCAGAAUAGUAAAGUGUACAAAUAACUUUAUUGUUAUUAUUGCAGCGACGAUACAAAGUUCUACUUACUAGGUUGUUUUUACGUUUUAACUAGAGCAAUUUUGAGUUAUUUUGCAAUAUCAUUUUCUGCCACAAUCAAACAACGCGCAUGUUCAGCGUUUAGGACUCAUUUUUUGUGGGGGGGUCUUCUUUUAGCCCUCCUGUUAUGCUGUGGGUCGCAUUUACAAAGGAAUAUUAGAGCCACUCUGAAAGUGAAAAGAACAAACAUUUCUCUCAGAUUCAAUGCUUAACAUGGCGAGAAUAAAUUUGGAUGUUUUUGAGAGAGAGAAAAAAAAAUUCAGGAUAAGAUUUAUCAAAGAAUCCUAUUUUUGUGAGAAAGGUGCUGCAAUUGAAGUUCAAGUCAUAAUAAAAUACCAAUGAUGUAUUUUUUCAUAUCUUUUUAAGAGUCUAGACAUUCAAUCCCAAGUAUUAAUUUGCAAAAAAAAAAUUUUCAAAUAUUACCAAGGAAAGAAUGCUCCGAAAAUAGCCGAAUGAGUUAAAAGAAUGAAAAAUACAACUUUGUGCUCCUAUUAUGAUGGUGUUUAUCUAGAAAUGUAUGUUCCAUCAAAAAAAAAAAAAGAACAUCUCACCAUCCCUUUGUUGGUCCACUUCCCCGGCAAACAAAAAAAAAAAUAA